AUGGCUUCCCGCCGCGACCUGCUCCACGAGGAGGAGCGCGCAUUGGUGCCCCCCCAUGUCAGGGAGCGACUCACUUCCGCCAUACCGGCUACCGACGUGACCAAAGUCUGUCUCCGUCUGCGGCAUCUUGUCCAAGAAUGCAUCCCUUGCGAGAUGGAAGAGGCGCGGGUGACGACGCCCCAUAGCAAAAUCAUCACCAAGAAAGUGCUUCAGGCCGCCAAAGAAGCCGGCGGCGAGUCUCAUAAAUCCUGUGUUGUCUAUUCACUACUCGUCAACCAGAGAUGGUUUCGCCGCGAGGCGGUCGCCGAAUUAUGGGAUGCCGGCCUGCACAAUCUGCGAGCAGAGGCUUGUGGCGUCAUUGCCAAGGCAUUAAUUGAGUCCGAGGACGACACCCACUACCUCCUGCAUGUAGUGUUACUCCGACGAUACUCGUUCAUCGUAGACGGCAGACCCACGACACCCGUCAAUGUCAUUGAAAAGGCUGUCGAUUUGCACUCUGUGCGCGUCAUUGGCUCAUCUGGCUACCAGAAAUGCAUAGACUACCUCUGGCGGGGAUGGCUGGUGCAGGAUGAAAACGACGCGGCCGUUUUUGUCGACUACAAGAACAAGGAUAAUCCCAACUUUUUCGUCCACAUGGACCCCGAUCGCAUGCGAGCACCGCGGUACCAGAAUGCCGCGCAGCUCCUUUUCUCGCUCAUCUAUCUCGCAUUGUACACGGCUGCCAUUAACUCGGUCAAUGCCGGCGGCGGAUUCGAUGGUGCAGAAGUAGCUUUGUACAUAUUCACAUUGGGCUUCAUUUGCGACGAAUUGCUCAAAUUUUACAAGGCCGGAUACCAAAUCCUCGGUUUCUGGAACGCCUUUAACGGGUUGCUCUAUUCAUUCAUUACUGUCUCCUUCAUCUUCAAAAUCAUCGGACUCAUGCACGACCUCGAUUCAGGUUACAGGAAAACCUACACUCAGCUUAGCUACAACCUGUUGGCCUUUAUUGCGCCCAUGUUUUGGUCUCGGCUCAUGCUCUACCUCGACAGCUUUCGAUUUUUUGGUGCCAUGCUGGUUGUCCUCAAGGUUAUGAUGAAAGAGUCCAUGAUCUUCUUUGCCCUGCUCGUCAUCAUAAUUCUUGGGUUCCUUCAGGCAUUCAUUGGUCUUGACAUCACGGAGAAUAAUCUCGUUGAUGACGUGCCUUUUAUUGUCGAAUCGAUGCUCAAGGCAAUUAUGCAAAGUCCGGAAUUCGAUGGUUUCGAAUCAUUUGCUCACCCAUGGGGCGUCAUACUCUACUACUGCUUCACAUUUGUUGUCAUGAUUAUCCUCCUCAACAUUCUCAUUGCACUGUACAACUCGGCCUACGAAGAUAUUUACGAAAACGCCGACGACGAGUUUCUGGCACUCUUUGCCCAGAAGACGAUGCAAUUUGUUCGGGCCCCUGACGAGAACGUAUACAUUGCUCCUCUCAACCUGAUUGAGAUUAUCGUCUCAGCCUUGACCGAGUGGUGGCUGCCAAAGCACGCCUACGAAACACUUAAUGACUGGAUCAUGGCAUUCCUCUACUCCCCUUUACUAGUGGUGGCGGCAUAUUUGGAGACAAAAACGGCUCACAAGAUUCGUCAGAAUCGCGCUAGGGGCGAGGAAGAUGAAGAUGUGGUCCACGAAUGGGAACAACUGGCGCACGAGGUUGACUUUGAAGCCGAGGGAUGGAUCAAGACUUGCGAUUCUGUGCGACCAAAUGUCGAGGACGACGCGGCAGUACUCGAAGUGAGGAAGCUUCGGUCAGAGGUGGAGGAGCUCAAGACGAUGAUUACCAAACUAGUAGAGGAACGACAAACAUAA